AUGAUCCCGCAAAUUACUCCUACACUGACAUGAAAAUAGAGCCCUUUAUGUGCAGUAAUUAUAUGUACAAUAAUCUUUGUGGCUGCAGGACAACUGUUCCAGUGUCAACAUUCCACUACUAGAGAGACUUUACCUCUCGCCAAUGUAUGGUCUGGAAUUUUCCAUUGGCUUCAUUGGAAACCUAGUGGUGGUCCUAGGCUAUAUCUUUUGCCUCCCUACUUGGAAGUCCACAAAUGUGUACCUGUUUAACCUGUCUGUUUCUGAUCUCAUUUUCCUGUGCACUUUAUCCGAGAUGUCCUACAACUACGCUCACAACCAGAAGAAAUUCAAUCCUUCACUAUGCGUGGUUAAUCGCUACAUCCUCCAUGUGAACUUGUACUCCAGCAUCCUUUUCAUGAUGUGGGUAAGUGUGGACCGGUUCUUGUUGCUGUGUCACCCACAGCGAGAACACAUCCUGUUGACUGUCAAGGCCUCGUUGUGCAUCACCAUACUGAACUGGAUCUGGGUGAAUGCUCAAAUCGCUCCCCUCAUUGUCUUCAUUAUCCAGGACUUGGAGGAAAAUGGCUGGACAGUGUGUCGUGAUUUUGCGAGUCUGGGAGUGGCCAGAGUUACUCUGAUCUACAGUGUAGUCCUCACUAUAACUGGAUAUGUGAUGCCACUGGUCGGUUUGUUUCUAUCAUCACAGAGGAUGGUUUCUGUACUCGUGAAAAGAGAGGAGAUGCGUGGGACAUCCUUCCAAAGGCCAGUAAGAAUCGUGAGGGCUGCAGCAAUCAUGUUUCUGGUGCUCUACACACCCCUCCAUAUAAUGAGGAUUGUGCGUCUUGUAUCUCGACUUCCUGAAUUAAAUUUGUCACGGUGCAUCAUGGACUACAUCAAUGCGGUUUUCAUAGUGACACGGCCAAUAGCAUAUGCUCACAGUGCCAUCAACCCUGUGUUUUACUUCCUCAUGACAGACAGCUUUAAAGAAGCACUGCAAGACAAGUGGAAGCAGAUUAAAAGGAUGCUAAUGACUGCACCAUAAGCAAGUCUGACCUAUCGAGCAAAGACAGCACUAACAACAAUUGCUUUGCUUUCAGAUCUGACUGUGGUGUACAUUUAUUUACAGAUGGGUGACAAAUUAAAGCAAAAACCAAUAUAAAGUGUCUUACUAAAGUGCCUAAAACAUUUUCAGCCUCAGUAUAGAUUUUACAAGUCUCUAGAAUUGUACUGGAGCGAUAAACUCCAUUCUUCCAAAAUAUAUUUACUUAGAUGUUGUGAUGAUGGUAGCAAGCACUGCCUAACACUGGUAAUUGUGUUGAGAUUUGAUGACUGUGAAGGCCAUAGCAUAUGAUUUACUUUUUAAUACUCAUUAAACCAUUCAGUAAGCCCUUGUGCCCUGUGGAUGGGGUGCUGUCUUUCUGAAAGAGACCACUCCCAGCAGGAUAGAAAUCUUUAACCAUAGAAUAAAGGUGAUCAGUCAGAAGAACUCUAGUGAAUGCAGAGAUUAUUUUCUCUAAGGCAAACAAAUUCAAACUUACACUGCAGCAGAAGAGGGCAGUAAAAUCAGUGAACAGUAAGAAACAUAACAGUAGGCCUACAUUUUACAUUUCACUGUCCACUUGCAAUUGACAUUAAAACAAUUUUUAUUUAUAUAAUUGAAACUUUGUUGUAGGUUAAUUUAAUCAUUUUUGCCUAGCCAAAAAAAAAAGAUGUUAAUUUUAUACUUCUUUAAUGAUAGUUAGGUUGGACGUACAUUGAUAGAUUUUAUUUCACAUAAUUUUCCAUCUUACUUGCACCGCACCUGCAAUUCUUUUGCCCCACAGUUUGAAUACCUCUGCUCUAAGGCAACAAAUGGAGCCAAAUCACACCAGUAUCCUACUGCAUAACAGAGGCACUAGAUUUUCCUUUAAUUUUUCACCCUUCUGUAUGUAUGUAUAUAUGUGAGAAAGAGAAAGAGAAUUGUAGUAAAAUUGCAAUGUAGCACAAAGUUUACAGAGAAAUAGGAUGUUUCAGAUAAAAGUUCUUUAUUGUUCUUUAUCAGUUGUGCAAGCAAACACUGUGUAGCCUACAUUUAUUAGUGAAGUAACAUUGUUCCCUGUUUUCUGUCUUGUGAUUAUAUUCACUAUAUAUCAUUAUAUUCUGUAACUUAUUUAAAACAAUUCCUAGUACCUGGUAAAUUUAAAUGUUACAAAUAGCCAAAAAUAAAAUACAGAAAUGUAAAGUAGAGUUAUUUGCAGACAUGUGCCUGUAGGGGGAGCUAUUCUCUCAGCAGUAAAAUACUUUUAUUCCACUAUAAAUCGUGGUGUUCCUACUGAAUAAUUAUGAAUAAAAA